GGAGAGGCAUCUGCGCACUGCCAGCUCAGCUGACAGCAGCGCGGAAGUCAGAUGAUCAUGGCAGACUCUGGAAGUACCGAAGAAGUAGCCGUGAUUGGUAACACCGACAUCACUUCAACGGAAUCAGAGAACAACAUUAUGAACACGAUGGUGGAAAGAGGCACAGCUCUGUUAAGAAAAAUGGAGAUAAGUGUUGCAGAGGCAGAGAAGAGGACAGGGAAGAACACAGUUAAUAUGCAAGAAACCUACACUGUCUACCUCAUAGAAAUACGGUCAGCUGAGUCUGUCCCAGAAGGAGGUACACCAGCUGCACCUGACACUUUGUGGAGACGCUACAGUGAAUUUGAGCUGCUCAGAACAUACCUCCUGGUCACUUAUCCCUACAUCAUCAUCCCCCCACUGCCAGAGAAAAGGGCUGAGUUUGUGUGGCACAAACUUUCAGCUGACAACCUCGACCCAGACUUUGUUGAGCGACGGAGAGUUGGUCUGGAAAAUUUUUUACUGCGUGUGGCAUCACAUCCCGUCCUUUCAAAUGACAAAAUUUUCUUCCUUUUUCUCACUGAGGAAAAAGGAUGGAGGGAGGCAGUUCUGGAAACAGGUUUCCAAGACAAGGUGGACUCAAGACUCAAGUCUUUGAAUGCCUCAUUCAGAGUGAAGAACCCUGACAAGCGAUUCACAGCACUGAAACACUACAGUGAUGAAUUGAACACUGUCAUCUCUCAGCUACUCAGAGUGAGAGCACGAGUAGCAGACAGACUGUAUGGAGUUUUUAAGGUCCACGCUAAUUACGGCAGAGUUUUCAGUGAGUGGAGUGUGAUAGAAAAAGAGAUGGGAGAUGGUUUGCAGAGUGCUGGCCACCACAUGGACACGUAUGCUGCAUUAAUAGAUGAUAUACUAGAAGAAGAAGAGCACUAUGCGGACCAACUGAAGGAAUAUCUCUUCUACACUGAUGCCGUCAGAUCCGUCUGUAGGAAACAUGAGUUGGUCCAGUAUGAGUUAGAGAUGGCAGCUCAGGACCUCACCUACAAGAAGCAACAGAAAGAAGAAUUGGCCACUGGGACGGUGCGAAUCUUUUCUCUGAAGGGAAUGACCAGUAAGUUAUUUGGUCAAGAAAGCCAGGAACAGAGGGAGAGCAGGAUAGCAGCCCUGGAACAGAGCAUCCAGGAAGGAGAGGAAGCACUGAAGGAGAAAAAUGCAGAGUGCCAGGAGUUUGUGGGAACAGCCUGGGAUGACAUUGAACGUUUCAAGGAACAGAAGAAUAAAGAUUUACAUGAAGCUCUAAUCAACUAUGCCAUAAUGCAGAUCAGCAUGUGUAAGAAGGGAAUCCAGGUGUGGUCCAAUGCCAAGGAGUGUUUCAGUAAAAUGUGAGCCCCUUUAUACGCCAUCCAUGCUUUGCACCAAAACCAGUAGUCUCUCAGAUUCUGCAGACUGGGACCGUCAGCCAUUUGUUAUGCUGCAGUCUUGUGGAGAUGGGUGUGAGGCACAUACUGCCUCCAGUUUGCAUGCAGUGCUACUGAAAAUUAUUCUGGUAACUUUUCUGUCUUUGUCAUACACACACAUUCAUUUGGAAACAGUGAGACCAAUUAAAUGGAUUCUUUAAUGAAUUGAAUGCCUUUUGAAGUUCAGGUGUCUUAAUUGUACCUUUUCUUGGUACUCUGCUCAUAUAAUCUUUGUACUGCUGCCAAUCCAAAUUCUACUUUCUCAUCUUGUUGCACAGUCUGCCUCAUGUCCAAGCAGAAAAUUCAACACUACGUAUGUAUAAUUUUGGAAUUGAUUGUCUUUUAAUUACUUAUGUUUUUCAUCCAAAAUAAAAGAAGUGCACUAUAGAUGCCUGUUUGAAAUCCAGUCCUAAGAACCAGAACAUUCAUGUAACUUGAUUUAGAGUUGCUGGAAUUGAAAUGUGGUAUCUACUCAGCAGUGACUGUACAAACAAUGAACCGAAGAAUGGCUGAAGAAAAUACUUACAUUGAUGGCAUUAUUGAACAGCAUCUUGUUUGUGUUUGUGCUAUAUUGGCUCUGGUUGAAUAUCCAAAUCUGGAUUACCAUUUUAAGGGUGUCAGACUUAGUAAACAGCUCAGUCUCCCAAACAUUAGCUUGACAGUAAAUUCAACAUGCUAACAACUAAUUGUAUUGUCUGCCUCGAAGAAAAAUGCAAUUCUGAAAGCCCCAACACUUGUGAUGUUUCCUUUUUUUAAUGCAUCAAACUGAAGUUAGUCUUCAUACCAAUAUUGCUUGAUAUUGGCCUGAAAUUGUUUUGUGCAAAAAUGAAACAGCAAAGAAGUGCUACAAGGAGGGUCUCACAAUGUUUUGGUCGCAGUGUUUACUUCUCUGCAUACCUCUUUGAUCUACCAUUUCACCCUAAGUUAUCAGAGUUUCUUCUUCAGAGUCAAACGUAAUCAGCCAAACAAACUUUUCUGAUGUUUUAUGGAACGUAGUGACCAAAAAACACAAAUACAUUAACUAGUUCUAUUUGGCUUUUUUUUAUUAUCUAGAUUAACAAGACACAAGCAACUAUAAGUUCCUAUACAUUGUAUAACUAUAGAUUGGUGCCAAAUGGAUCAGACAUCUAAUUAUUGUGCUGGGAUUAGCAAAUCCUACAUUUUUCUCUCAGAAGUCAGUUUACUAAAAUGAUCUGAAAGGCUUUAUACAUGUUUUUGUAGUCACUGUGUCAGAUAUUAUUGUGCUAAACUAAAUAAACCUCUUUCUGAAGCA